UAACCCCGCCAUCAUCAUCAAUCCACCUCAUCCCCAUACAAAGAAAAAGAAAAAGGGCAUAAAACAGCCUGUGAUUAUUGUGAACACAACAUUUCACCUCUCUCUCUCUCUCUCGCAUUCCUUCUUCUACACAUGUUUCUUUGUUCCAUUGCCAUUACUUUAUCAGGAGUCAAGUCAGGCCUCUCAACUAGUGCCUUCUUCUCCCUAAAUUGGCAACCAUGAGCUCCAUUAUCCAAACAUUCCAAAGGAGAAGCGAUGCGCUCCCGGUCUCGCAUCAGCGGCAGCAAGUGGUGGCAGCAGUAUCACAAGAUCAGGAGCAGCAAACGCUUCGAAGAAGGCUGUCUUCAUUGUCACUUAAGAUCCAGCCUGGAGCAGCACUUAUGAUGUCGUCCUCUUCCUCAAUUUUAAGUAACUUUCCUAGAUCCAAAUCGAUGGGAGAGUACGCGGGAAGCUCCAUAAAGAAAUGGUGGGAGUUGGGGUGGACUUGGAUCCUCUCCAGAAAGCCCACCUUCGCGAAAGAUCUAGAGAUGAACGAAGAGGAAACCAGAAUUCUUGGUUGCCACAACAAGGGAAGCUGGAGACACGUUUUCUACAAGUUAAAGUCUGAGAUCCGUCGCCUUGUCGGUUCUCACGACAACAUUGGAGUUCUUCCUCAAACUUGUAAGUACAAUUCAGAUCGUGGAAAGGCUUAUUUCUGAUUCUGAAUCCGAGGCCAAUUUAUAUGUAGUGUUUCUGUUCCAGCUUCAUUGAAUUGUGUUUUGGAAUAAUUACGCGUACCAGUGACAGAUCAAGCGUUACAUAUAUUCUUUAGUUUCAUUUCAUCCUCUAGCUCGAAUAUCAUUUUUAUUAAUGUAUGGUUUCUUAAUUUGUUCUGUAAUUGUUAAUGAUCGAUCAUUUGUUGUAUCUAUAUAUAAAGACUUAACAUUUGUUUGAUA